UGUUUUGUUACAAAUGUUGACAGAUAACACAAAAAACACGUUCUAGUGGGGAAUUGGAGCAUUUUCAAUUUUACGAAAUUUAAUAAAUACAAUUAUGGAAACUGAAAUAAAUGGAUCUGCAAUGGAUAACAACAAACGGCGACAAAAGAAAAAGAAGAAAAAUAGUAGGUUUCUGCGAAAUGCAAAGGGUUUUGCUAAACAGGGUAUCUAUGGUCGCGGCACACACAUCGAUGAUGAUCAGUACAAUUAUUUCAUCAAUAUAUUGGACGCGAUGAAAACAGGCUUUGAAGACGUAGAGGAAAAAGUCAACAUGGCCAAUAACGUAUUCGACCAAACCAACGAACAAGAAAUUCAUCUAGCCUCGAAUCAGAUUGUGUGUAAAGUUCUGGAGUCAUUGAUUGGUUUCGUGGAUGCGGAAAAUUUAGAGCGCUUCUUUAGUGUUUUUGCUGAAAAUUUCCGACCUAUUUGUUCUGAUCGUUUUGCGUCACAUGUUUUGCAAAAAAUGGUGGAGAUUGCAUUCUUACGCGCUUUGGGGAAAGAUAAAUUAAAGAAUCCUGCAGAUGGCGAUGAUGACGCGAAUGGUAUCUCAUAUACGCCCGUGGCUAAGCGUGCAAAAACCGAGGUAACAGCAAUCAACGAAGAAUUAUACAAUCUUGAGGCUGACUUUAACUCUGAGCAUCGUCUUCGUUGCAGUCAAUUUGUUGAGCGCGUGAGUAAAUUCUUACUCAACAAUUUAGAAGACUUUGUUUGGGACUCAUGUGCUAAUCACAUAAUGCGUACUAGCAUCCUUAGUUUGGCUGGCGUGCAUGUCGCUAAAGUAGCUUUCGAAAAAGGUGGGGCAGAUAUGGCUAAAAAUCGAAAGUUGUACACUGUACCCGAUGAGUGGGUGGAUGUACUUAAAGAGUUUCCGCAACGUUUAGAGAUGUGGCCCCAAUUUCCUGAUUUUCCCUACCAAGAACAUUCUUCAGCGUUGAUUGGUAUUAUUUGCAUAGCUCUACGUGCAACCGACAAACAACUCUUGAAACACUUUGGCAAAAAAAUAUUAAUGAACGCAUUUCUAAAGGUUGAGCAAAGUGAAGAAGAGAAGAAAAAGAAAAUAGAAAUAUUAGAUGAUGAAGACGAGAAAUCGGCUGAAAACAACAGCGAUACAAUAGCAGAAGAGGAAGCAAAUGAAAAAAGAGAGGAGCCUAUUAAUAAGAUUCAACUCCCAAAAGUAUUUGAAUACCAAUCAGCCGUUAUCUUGCUCGAGACAUUGCUUACUGUUGCAGGUCCCAAGCUAUUCACUCAACUCUAUGCCAUGCUAUUCACUGGACGCUUGGCUCUGCUGGCGAAAGAACCCCUUACCAAUUUUGCAGUUCAAAAACUUCUGCAAAAUAUAAAGGAAAAAGAUGAUUUCGAAAACGUUUUCAGCGAAUUGGUAAACGACGUUGAGGAGUUACUUAAAAUUGGGCAUACCGGUGUUGUGGAAGCGCUCACAGCUGCCUGCUUACGGGUUGGUGCAAAACAAGCACAAUGCAUUGUUUCACUCCAAACUGCGCUUCAUACACCUGCAAGCGAUAAAGUAAAAGUGAAGUGUUUUUUCCAUUGUAUGAUCAAAUUGAAGCCAUAUGAGGUGGCGCAAGCGGACAACAGCGGUUUCGUUCAUCUUCAUGGCUCAUUAAUAGUACAGCACAUUUUACGCUUCAAUAAACCUAUUUUCUUGGUCAACUGUAUACUGGAGACCCCUCCUGAACAACUUGUGAGCAUAUUUAAUACACCAAAUGGUUCGCAUAUAGUGGAUGCAUUCCUACAGAGCAAAUAUAUUGGCGAGAAAUCACGCGAAAAAUUCAUUAGAAAUUUGGAGGGCUUCUAUGUUGACUUAGCUACCACUAAGUUUGGUUCGCGUGUAAUCGAGAGCUGUUUUGCGGUCGCACAAGAAUCACAAAAGUCGAGAAUAGUAAAAGAGCUGGCAGAUAAGGUGAACAUGUUAAAGGGUUCACCCUUCGGAAGACUACUGUAUAAUAAAUUCCGGGUGGAGACAUAUAGGUUGUCCGCGACUCAAUGGAAGGCGAGUUUGCAUGCGAAUAAGGAGCAUAAGGUCGAUAAGCUAUUUAAGGAUAUUAUCAAUUGAAUUUCUUUUAAAAAAUAAAACAUUUUUUCAUUAUA